CCAACACGAUGACAUCCAGGUACAACUGCUCCUCCGCUGACAGCUGGGACUGCCCACAGGAGGGGAUGUGUGGCAACCUGACCUCUGACCUGAACGGCAGCGCGGGGCUGGUAGAUGCAUGCCUGACACAGGAGGAGUAUCUAGAGAAGUACCUGGGCCCUCUGCGCUCCUCUGUCUUCCUCCCCAUCUGCCUCACCUACCUGCUCAUCUUCCUGGUGGGCGCGUUUGGCAACUUGCUAACCUGCAUCGUCAUCGCUCGCAUUAAGGUUAUGCGCACGCCCACCAACUACUACCUGUUCAGCCUCGCAGUGUCUGACCUGCUGGUGCUGCUGCUGGGGAUGCCACUGGAGCUCUACGAGAUGUGGCAGAACUACCCAUUCCUCCUGGGCAAGGGCGGUUGCUACUUUAAGACUUUCCUGUUCGAGACGGUCUGCUUCGCCUCCAUCCUCAAUGUGACGGCGCUCAGCGUGGAGCGCUACAUCGCUGUGGUGCACCCUCUGCGCGCCAAGUACGUGGUGACGCACACGCAUGCCAAACGGGUCAUUAUGACCGUGUGGGGGAUCUCGGUGCUAUGUGCCGUGCCCAACACCAGCCUGCACGGCAUCUUUACCCUGCAGUCGGCAGAAGGGGGCACCACCAGGAAGGAAAUCCCAGAGUCAGCCAUCUGUACGUUGGUCAAGCCCCGCUGGAUGUACAACUUGACCAUCCAAGUGACCACCCUGCUUUUCUUCAUGCUUCCCAUGCUGACCAUCAGCGCUCUCUACCUGCUCAUCGGCCUGCAGCUCAAACGUGAGAAGAUGCUCCAGGUGAUGGAGGCUGAGACAAGCCGCAACAGCUACUGCAACGUCCGCAGCCAGCAGCAGAAAGCCCGGCGACGCCAGGUCACCAAGAUGCUGUUUGUUCUGGUGGUGGUUUUUGGAAUCUGUUGGGCUCCGUUCCACACCGACAGACUCAUGUGGAGCUUCAUCGACGAGUGGACCAGCAUCCAGCUGGAGGUGUACAAGUAUGUCCACGUGGUCUCUGGCGUCUUCUUCUACCUCAGCUCGGCCGUCAACCCGAUCCUCUACAACCUCAUGUCCACCCGCUUCCGAGAGAUGUUCAAGGAAGUGAUGUGUCAUCGGCCACGGCACCCCGUGCCCAGGAAGCAGUCACUCAGUGUUACCCGGGUAACACUCCGCAGCAUUCUCAGUGAGGCCACGCCCAUUAAUGGCAUUGCGGGCCUACACGAAGACAAGGAGCAUGAGACCACCUUUCCUUGAAAGGACUUCCUAGCAGAGGAGAAUUAAUACACUAAACUGAUCAGAUGGACGAUGAUUCUGGGAUGAUUGAGAUGUAUUGUUAUAAGGGAUUUUAAGGAUCUAAGGAUGUGCUUAUCCAGUCUGUUAUUGCAAGCUUUGGUCACCAUACCACAGUAGACUUCUCCUGUCACUAAACUCCCUAAACACAAGAAAACAAAACACAUUAAAACCUGAUGCUUUGACGUAUUAUUUGAGCAAUUCUAUGGAAAAAAAAUAUCUCAGGAGAUACAGACAAAUCGAUAAUUCUCAUCUAGAAGACCUGGUAGAUUCUGCAUCACUGCUUUUGCAUUUCAUGUUCAACAGCACAAAACUUUUGAACAUCCGGUCUCAAGAGAUGACUUAAAGCUGAUUUUCCUUACAGCUCAGAUUGAAAACAGGCCGAGAUGCCCUGUCAAAAGCUCCUUCAAAGAUGAUGUCCAACGUGGUUGUUUGACGAAUGUAUAUAGUUCUCAAAUCACUGAGUGAUUUAAAAAUGGUGCAAAGGAUUUGCAGUGCGUACUAAAUAGAACUUGAAAUGAGCAGCUUCAAAUCAAAUGCCAUUUGUCACAUGCGUCUAAUACAACAGGUGUUAUAGUGAAAUGUAACAUCUACACCUGCUUUCUGAGCAUAAUAAUACAUAUCUGGGUAUUUAAAAAGUUAACCUGGACUACAGUAAAAAACAACAAAAAACAACAAAAAUUGCUUCAAAAUAGAUGUAGCUGCACCGUCAACUGCAUAUUUUCAGAAAUGUAUGUCAUUGCAUGAGUCGUUGGAUAUUGCUAAUGAACUUGACGCCUCCAUUCAGGAGAGUUUGUCACAUUAUUAACAGAGGUAUCCUGCUGCAGAUUGGCAUUUUUGGGGAAAAAAAUAGCUUUUAAAAUUCCCCAGACACUGUAUGUGUCCAUCAACAAUCUGGUGAAUGAUCUCUGAUGAUCUGUUUCACUAAUGUAAAACGUACAAACAUGAGCGUGACUAUGUACAAAAACAAUGUAUAGAUUCACAGUAGAUAAACACACAUUUAACAAUUCGAUGUAUUCAUAAAAAAUAAAAAAUAAAUGUAAAAACACCAGGAGCACUUGAAUCUGAUCAAGGACUGAUUUAGACCUGGGACACCAGGUGGGUGCAAUUAAUAAUUAGUAAGUAAUAGCCUUGCACGAGCCUUGGCUUGUGAGAGCCGGAACGGUUCAUAAUUAUCAGGUAGAACAGAAAACCAGCAGAACUCCACACCUCCUGGAUCGGAUCUAAAUACCACUGGUCUAAACUGAUGAAAAAGAGACACUGUCUGGAACCUCCAAAACGAUGGAGAACCAUUAGGAAGUAAGAGCACUGACAUAAUGUGAAUGGGGAAAAGUAAUCUUUACAGCCGAGGGUAUUUGGCUUCAUGAAAUAAAGGACCUCGUGCUAAUUCCAAAAUCAAACUUAAUUGUUUUAACUUUUUUUUACCAUCAUAAUUAUUUAAUUGUAUUAUUUUGGCCUUUACAUUUUGGACAUUUAAGCAGACACAUUGACUUAUGACUUUGAUUUGCCUUUAUCUGAAACUAUUAAAUCCAAGUCAUAACUCUUAAAGGUAUUUUGUUAAGGAAGUCCUUUAUCUACUUUCCCAGAGUCAGACGAACUCAUGGAUACAAUGUUUAUGUCUCUGCAUCCAGUAUGAAGGAAGUUAGAGGUUUUGCUUUGCGAGCCAAUGAUAACUAGCAUUAGCACAAUGAGAGGAAGUCUAUGGUACAGCAAGCUAGCAGUUCCCAUAGACUUCCAGUCAUUGUUCCAACGCUAGUUAGCAGUUGCGCUAAUGCUAGUUAGCAAUUGUAUCCCUUUAAGAGUUUAAGCUUCAGAUUAAUACUAAGCUUCUUUCCAGUCAAGUCAGUGUGUUGUUGUGAUUCUGGACGGCCAGAUGACAAGAAAGUGGGGACUCGUAGGUAGGUCGUUUCAGCUAGUUUUAUCUUGUUCUUGAUACCAUGUCUUGUUUUGAGUUGUUUUGACUGAUGUCACUUCUAUGCUAACGUUGCAACAAAAAAAAAUUGCUAGCUAGCUUACCAACAACUGUAACAGUGUAUUUCAGAGACAACAAGUGCUCAUUGUGCAACUUAAAUAUUGGAGACAAAAUAUAGUUUACACGUUGUCAACAAUCUAAGCCAACCCUGUCUGUUUUGCCCCAUCGAUGCACACAUGUUGCUUUUUGUUACUAAACAAUUCAUCUUUCUAUUAAGGAGUAGACUACUCCACUAAAGUCAUGUAUUCAUUUACCUUUAUUUAACUAGGCAACUUAGUUAAGAGGAAAUUCUUAUUUACAAUGACAGCCUAGGAACAGUGGGUUAACUGCCUUGUUCAGGUGCCGAACGAUAGACUUUUACCUUGUCAGCUCGGGGAUUCGAUCUUGCAACCUUUCAGCUACUAGUCCAAGGCUCGAACCACUACCUGCCACCCCUGAAUGUAUAAAUUUUUACAGUAUAAGAUGUACAGGAUAGCAAAUGACAAGAAACGGGUAUUGAUUUUCUGAGAGUGUACACUGCCGAAUGGGUGCUUCAGCAGAGCUGUGAAAAAAACUGGCCUUCUGAAGAUGUGCACUGAAGUCCUGUGGGGAAAACAUCAAAUCUUCUGAAUGCAAUUUCACCAAACAAACCUUUUAUCGAGGUUGGCCUCAUUGAACUGUCAUCCCAGCAGCUGCUAGUUUCCAUCUACUCUUGGAGGUGGUGUGUGUGAGCCAGGAAUGUGUAAAUCUGUCAGUCCUUCUGCAAGGAGCUGUCGUACCACCUCAUGUUCUCAUCCAUCAUCGCCAAGCGACAACACCUGUGUCAGGCACAGUAAAUGACCAUUUCGCUGCUCUGACAAAACAUGGACUGUACAUGCAAACAGGCAGUUACAGCUAACAAACUGAUUCAUCCCUCUGACCACACUAUCUGAUUGGGGGGGGGUAUAUUUUCACAUUUUCACAAGCCAAAGGAGAGGGACCAUCUGGUCAACAGUGGGUACAGACUGAUCAACAAUCUUGUACAGACUCUCACUGUUUGAGAUUUUGACUGAAUGCAACUGCAUGAUUCUAUCUCUUUGCUUAUUUUUCUUGUAAAUGUAUACCUGUGUGAUAGCUUCAGUGUAGAAGAGUUUCCGGGGGGGGGGGACUACUCUCCAGUGAGGCGGAGAUUUAUGCUGUAGUGCCAUUACUGUAUAAAGCUGCAAGAGAGGAAUAUUGUACAUUGGAAAACAAUGGGUGAAUAUUAUUAUUAUUUUUAAAAAAUGUAAUGCUUGAAUUUUUACCGGUACCUAAAAUAUUCUACUGCUUGAGCACCUGUUCCUCUUAUAAAAUAUUAGCUCAAAAGUAUUGUAGAGCGCCUGCACCUAAAUAUAAAAAGUACCGGCUUCCAAAAUCAGUACCGGAAUCUGUUUCAGUCCAAGUCAUGCACUGUACUGAGUUAUUGUGUUCGACAGGGUAUUUAAUGAGGACAAAAAGGAAUUGAUUUAUUUUUGCUUGAAAUAUGCAUUGUGCUUCUGUUUUGCUUAUUAAAUAUGUAACGGAAAACUGGAACAUGUCGUGGAAAAGCUUUACCAAAACAGGUUACGCCAAAUAAAAUCUAAACUCAUAGAAUGUAAUGUCACAUUUGUAAGACGAGUUCUGUGUUGGAAUGCAUUAUAUAUACAUUAUAUAAGUGAUGUUGAUCUAGUGGUAACGUCAGCAAUUUCUGAGAACACAUCCCCUCAAACAAUAAUCAUUACAUUAACUGUCAGUGAAAUCGUUGCAUCGACACAGUUUUGUUCAAUAGUUGUUUUGGUUAUGUCGAAACUAGUCUACAAAUAAUGUGUGGGUUGAUUUGAACUGGAUUUUAGUUUUCUGUCUGGGAAAU